CGAUUCGCAGUAACGUUUUUUAUGACUUGAGUUAACAUUUUUAAUGCGAUAUCAUGUUUGCUGGGAAUGUACAAACAAAUUUUCAAAAAAAUCCAGAAACCUGUGUAAAAUUUCAUAUGCUGAUAUUUAAACAAAACGUUUAAAAUUGACGAGAAACAUUGCCAUCUGUAGCACCGUUGAAAAGCUACAAAUCAACUUUCAAGUACCUCGAAAGGGCGCAAUCGAAUAUGUUUCCAAAAAUAAAUAGACCAACAUCUUACUAGAAUGGACGGCUUCAAUUUGUUCCUAAGUACAAAAUACAAUAACAUGUUACUUGUGAAUUGGUUAAAUUGGUAAAUUAAAUUAAUAGAAACGCUAACUAAUCACUCUGGACAAGUCAGAGGAACCAAUAAUUGUAUCCAGUUGAGUUUUAAAUUUACAGUUCCACGCAGCAAUACCACCCCUUCAAAACUGACUACAUUUUUGUUUUGUUCACAUUUUGACAGUUCUCUCGGUAGGGAUGAAAGCCUCUUGUCAAAGAUAGUUGAGUAUAGUGUGACUGUUUUUCUCUCGAAUAUUGUUUGCGAUAAUGUAAAUUGCCCUGAUGCACGAAAAUUUUGUGGAAGCCGAUAGGACCUGCACUUGUGGAAUUGGAAUCCCUUAAAAAUAUUAUUCAAAAAACGGUUCUCUUCGAUGUCCUUGGAGACAUCUGGUGGUUCAACCAAUAAACAUAUAAUUGAUUUGAAACUGUCGUUCCAUUUAUCUUUUCAAAUUACAAACAUACUGCGCGUUUUACCCCACACGACCCUCAGUACCAUUAUAACUAAACAGUGUAAUAUUCUCUUCGACCCAGUCGUACCACACAUCUCAAGUCUUCCACAACUCGGUUACUCACCAACGAGACACCCCCGGUAAAAUAACGUAACGAAACACGUUGGUUUGCGACAAUCGUAGAAUAUUAAAUGCGAGAAAAACAAAGCUUGUAGCAUAGUAAAAAAGCGGGGUGAUAAAAUUCAAAACAAACGCGGUGCGAGAGUGAAACCUUACUGUGUGAGCAUUUGCCGAAAAAAUUGUAAACAGUGUGAAAGUGCAAUUUGUUUUAGACCGGCAGAGCUGUUCUCUCACUCGGGACUGGGAUCUAAAUCACAAACGUCAAAACCACCGAGAACUAUCACCAUCUGUGCGGUUCGAUCGUUCGUUUCGGUUACGCUUUAAUAAGUGCGAAAAGUCGUGUGCUGUAAUAAAUUCGGAGUUUGUAACAGCCAAGGGGGAUCAUGAUUAUGCUCUCCCACUGGAAAGUCUGCUGGUUAAGCCGAGGGGCAACAGUUUCUUCGCUCCUAGUUGCUCUGUUUGCAUCGCUCGUUUAUUCUCAGGAAUUGGCAAUCGAAACCAUUCCAGCAUCCUUAAUCUACGUUAGAAGUCGAACCGAUGAUGUCAAGCUGCUCUGCCGGAGUAACAAACCUGUCGAAAGUUGUAGUGUUAAGGUGCCAGGAUAUCCUAAGGUGUAUGACGUGACUAAACUGCCCGAUGGAUUGGGAGAAUAUGGCAUGGGACUUCAGAAUGGAGACUGUGGCGUCAUCAUCGGGCGACUGUUGACCAGUAACGAAGGAAAAUUUGAAUGCAAUCUGACAGUUGGUGGAGAAGUUUUUCGACAAACCAUCGAUGUGGUCCUUCCCAUAGCUCCUGAACCGACUGAACUACAGCUUGGCGAAAAAACCGUUCGAAUAGGUGAUGGAUUUGCGCAGAACCAAACUUUGAAGCUGAAAUGUAUUUCCGAAGACGGUCUUCCGGUCGCUAGUCUCAGUUGGAUGUUGGAUGACCAGCCGCUGGACUCGAGUUUGUUGGGACCCCUGAAGACCAGAGAAAAGGUCAACCAAAAAGGAAAGAAACUUACAACGGUAGAGCAAGAGUUGAACUACUUCAUUACUCCUGAAGACAAUGGUAAAAAAAUCGUCUGCAAGGCUGAUCAUUUGGCUUUCGGAAAAGGAUAUUUUAGAGCUUCACUCGUGUUGGAUAUUAUGUUUCCUCCUCAACGAUUACCGACAAUUUACGUUGGCGAAUCAUCCUAUGGAAUGGUCAACGUAACUAUCAAGGCCAACCCGAAGCCCAAAACUCAUUGGAAAGUUAAUGGAGUCACGAUAGAAGAAGGACACUCUUCCGGACCCUACCAAGCUUAUGUGCCGAGAGAUAUGGAUAACGGCAACUAUCUGGUUCGACUGAGGAUCAACGAGCACACGAAGCAAACGGAAAUCUACGAGCUGGAGGCCACCAACGACCUGGGCACCCAGACUUACGUGAUCAAGGCAACGGAAUAUCGGGAGUCGGACAACGAGCUGGAAUCGCGGAUCGAUCAGCAGGACGAGGGUGGAAGUGGAGCCAGAUUCUGGCUCAUCAGUUUAUGGACCUUCUUCACAUCUGUGAUAGUAACAUGUCUGUUGUGAAGCUCCUGUUUUUGAAUUGUUAUCUGGGGAUACGUGGGGAAAUCUAGCGGAAAACCAAACUUGGGAGUCAAACUCCUUCCCGUUCCUAUCCUGAUUUUUGUUGUUUUGUCGAAACAGAAUUUACUAAUCAAAAUUGUUGUCAACAUACCGUUUAGCUUGGUCAUUUGAAGGUUGGAAAAAUGUUCAAAACAUUUUUAAUUGAAAAAAAAAAAUACAAAUGAACUUGCUCAACGGUUAACGGUUUUACACAUGAACAGUAUUAAAGGAAGCUCGAAAAAAACUGUUUUUUCUAACAUGGGAAUUAUCUUCAUCAUAUGCGUGAACUUCAUCAUUUACAGAAAACGCUUUUGUAAGUAAUCGUAAUCAAAGAAAAAAAAAAUAGUGAUAAGUUAUUUAUUGAACGUGCAUUUAAAACAAAAAGUGUAUAAGUAACAAUAAUACCGACUGACUGAGAACACACCGAAUGCAGCGACAUCGAAUGCAAGUUUUAGGGGGCAUCAUAAAAUAAAGAUUUCAUUUCGACGAGCAGAGCAGCGGAGAUGCUACGAGAAGAAAGUGGUACAAAUAAACAUAACGAAAA